CGGAUUUCAGCCGGUAGUUAGUCGGUGUUUGCCAGUGACAGCCAUCCUUUAAACCCUCGGGACCCCCUGGAUUGUCCGCCCUGUCCUCACACCUUUACAUGUGUUUCACCGACACGGUGCGAUGGAGCGGAGACUGAAGGGUUUGUAGGAGAAGUCUCAGUGAGUGCUGAGCAACAGGCACCUGGCUGCAAACUCACUGACGGCUCAUCGGCUCUGGAGGAACUGUUGCACAAAAUCCCGCUGCGAUGUCCCUGCUGUGUGUCAGAGUGAAGAAAGCCAAACUCCACGGGCCUCCAGACAAGUUCAACGCCUAUGUCACUUUAAAGGUGCAAAAUGUGAAGAGCACCACCAUCACAGUCCGAGGGGACCAGCCAUGUUGGGAACAAGACUUCAUGUUUGAGAUCAAUCAUCUGGAGUCGGGUCUGGUGGUGGAGCUGUGGAAUAAAGGUUUGAUCUGGGACACUAUGAUCGGCACAGCACUGAUACCACUGGACAGCAUUCGACAGUCUGACGAGGAGGGACCAGGACAGUGGACGUCUCUUGACUCUGAGGUGCUGAUGAGGGAGGAUGAGAUCUGUGGUACCACCAACCCGACUCCACACCAAGUGCUGCUGGACACCCGCUUUGAGCUGCCCUUUGAUAUUCCAGAAGACGAGGCUCAGUACUGGACCAGUAAACUGGAGCGGAUUAACACCAUGCGGAUACAUGAUGAGUAUCCACUGCAGGAAGAAGUCCAGAGAAGACGAAUGGCAUCUAUGCCCUCUCAGUGUUGCAGUUGGAGUUAUUUCGGAUGGAGUGACCAGCAGACUUUUGAUGACCAUGACAGUGCAGUGGAUGACCGCGACAGUGACUACCGCAGUGAAACUGGCAACAGGCCUCCACGGUUCCACAACACCUCGCAGACGAAUUCAUCAGUGCACCAGUACCCCAUAGGACGCAGGGUCCAACAUCAAACCCUGUCCAGGGAGUCUGACUCUAUACAAAGCUAUGAGCUAGACUAUAGAGAAAUGAGGGGGGCCAGCCCACCAGACAGCAGUCGCUUUGAUUCAUCAGGCAACCUUAGCCCAGCCAGCUCCCAGCUCAGUUCUGAGCCUGAGGAGCGCCGAGAUCCAGAGACCCGCCACCCAAGCGCCCUACGUCCUCCUCUAAGUAACCAGAAGUCUACCUGGGAUGAGGAAGAAGAGGAGGAGGAGGAAGAGGUUGAGAAAGAGCUACAUCCACUACCAGAGCCUGGUUCCAACAAAGAUUUGAAGGACUCGUCUGUCAUCCUGCCCAAGCCGAUCUUGGACAACUGUGAUAACAAGACUCAGACUAAAAUCAGUUUCUUUGAGGAUGGCCCUCCACCGUGCUCUCCUUCCAAAGUUCGCUGGCUGAAAGCAUACAACAAAGUGAGAGUGCAGCUCCUUGAGAGUCGAGAUCAAGAUGGUGACCCCAGCAAGCACCCAUGGGCCAAGCCAGGGGGAAACACACCGUUUGGCAUUGACAGCAUGCCAGACCUGCGCAAGAGGAGACCAAUUCCCCUUGUUAGUGAACUGUCUAUGAUACAGUCCAGGAAAGCUGGACUCGCCCACACGUUGGCCACACGGACCUCCCUGAAAGACGAGGAGCUUAAAAACCAUGUGUACAAGAAGACCUUGCAGUCUCUGAUCUACCCCAUCUCCUGCACCACGCCACACAAUUUUGAGGUCUGGACAGCCACUACACCGACCUACUGCUACGAGUGUGAGGGUCUGCUGUGGGGCAUCGCCCGGCAGGGUAUGCGCUGCACAGAGUGCGGGGUCAAAGUGCAUGAGAAAUGCCAAGAGCUGCUGAACGCCGACUGCCUGCAGAGAGCAGCUGAGAAGAGCUCCAAGACCGGGGCAGAGGACCGGACACAGCACAUUAUCAUGGCUAUGAAGGACAGGAUGAAGAUCCGCGAGAGGAACAAGCCAGAGAUCUUUGAGGAGAUCCGGAGAGUGUUCAACGUCACCAAGAUGAUCCACGUCCAGCAUAUGAAGAGCAUCAAGCAGAGUGUCCUGGACGGCACCUCCAAGUGGUCAGCCAAGAUCACCAUCAACAUCGUCAGCGCGCAGGGUCUCCAGGCCAAGGACAGAACGGGCUCCAGCGACCCCUAUGUCACCAUCCAAGUCGGGAAGACGAAGAAGAGGACAAAGACCAUCUACGGCAACCUGAACCCAGUCUGGGAGGAAAAGUUUAGCUUCGAGUGUCACAACUCAUCAGAUCGUAUCAAGCUGCGAGUUUGGGAUGAAGACGAUGACAUCAAGUCUCGAGUGAAGCAGCGUCUGAAGAGGGAGUCGGACGACUUCUUGGGUCAGAGCAUCAUCGAGGUCCGAACUCUGAGCGGAGAGAUGGAUGUCUGGUACAACCUGGAGAAGAGAACAGACAAGUCAGCGGUGUCUGGUGCCAUUCGUCUUCAGAUCAGUGUGGAGAUCGAGGGAGAGGAGAAGGUGGCACCAUACCAUGUUCAGUACACGUGCCUUCAUGAGAAUAUGUUCCACUUCUCGACGGACGUGGAAGGAGGCGGCAUGGUGAAGAUCCCUGUGGCUCAAGGAGAUGAUGCCUGGAAGGUUUACUUUGAUGAGGUGCAGCAGGAGAUCGUGGAUGAGUUCGCCAUGCGCUACGGCAUCGAGUCCAUAUACCAGGCCAUGACCCAUUUCUCUUGCCUGUCCUCUAAGUACAUGCUGUCAGGGGUGCCGGCAGUGAUGAGCACCCUGCUGGCCAACAUCAAUGCCUUCUACGCCCACCCAACCGCCUCCACCAACGUCUCUGCUCCGGCUAGAUUUGCAGCCUCCAACUUCGGGAGAGAUCGUUUUGUGAAGCUUCUGGAUCAACUGCACAACUCCCUGCGUAUCGACCUCUCCAUGUACAGAAACAACUUCCCAGCCAGCAGCAAACCUCGCCUCCACGACCUCAAGUCCACAGUGGAUCUUCUCACCAGCAUCACCUUCUUCAGGAUGAAGGUCCUGGAGCUGCAGAAUCCUCCCAGAGCCGCCAACGUGGUGCGGGACUGCGUCAAGGCCUGCCUGAACUCCACCUACGAGUACAUCUUCAACAACUGUCUCGAGCUCUUCAACCGCCAGUUCCAGCCCGCUGUACCACCACCUCAGCCAGAGAAUAAGAAGAAGAAGAAGAAAAAAGAAAAAGCAGAAGGAGAGGAAGGGGAGGAGGAUGAUGAGGAGGAGGAAGAGGAAGAAGAAGAAGAGGAAGAGGAGAAGAAAGAGGAGAGCCAGCAGGAGGAGCAGGGCCCGAGCAUCCAGAAUCUGGACUUUUGGCCUAAACUCAUCACUCUCAUCGUCUCCAUUAUUGAGGAGGACAAGAACUCCUACACACCCAUCAUUAACCAGUUUCCUCAGGAACUCGAUGUGGGUAAAGUCAGCGCGGAGGUCAUUUGGAGGCUUUUUGCUCAGGACAUGAAAUAUGCUCUGGAGGAACACGAGAAGCAUAAACUCUGUAAGACUGCUGACUACAUGAACCUGCACUUCAAGGUCAAGUGGCUUUACAACGAGUAUGUUAAGGACCUGCCCGCCUUCUCUGACACUGUGCCUGAGUACCCUGCGUGGUUCCUUCAGUUUGUCCUGGCCUGGCUGGCUGAAAACGAGGAGGUGUCGAUGGAGUUCAUGCACGGGGCGCUGGAGAGAGACAAGAGGGAAGGGUUCCAGCAGACGUCUGAGCAUGCUCUGUUCUCCAGCUCGGUGGUGGACAUUUUCACUCAGCUCAACCAGAGCUUUGAGAUCAUCAAGAAGCUGGACUGCCCCGACCCCGCUGUGGUGGCACAAUAUAAUCGACGCUUCGCCAAGACGAUCACCAAAGUGCUGCUGCAGUACUGUGCCCUGCUAGCCAAGAGCUUUCCCUCCUACUGUGAGAAGGAGAAGAUACCCUGCGUGCUGAUGAACAACAUCCAGCAGAUGAGGGUCCUGUUGGAGAAGAUGUUUGAGUCGAUGGGAGCAAAACAGCUGGAUACAGAGGCGGCUGACAUCCUCAAUGAGCUGCAGGUGAAGCUCAACACCUUCUUGGACAACUUCAGCACUGUGUUUGCCAAAAGUUUCCAGACUCGUAUUAAUGGCUGCAUGCGUCAGAUGGCUGAGAUCCUGUACCAGAUCAAAGGCCCCCCCAACCAUAACACUGCAGAGGCAGACGCUGACACCAUGCUGAGGCCCCUCAUGGAGUUCUUGGACGGGAAUCUCAGUAUCUUUGCUGACAUCUGUGAGAAGACUGUGCUGAAGAGGAUCCUGAAGGAUCUGUGGAAGAUCGUCCUGAGCAGCCUGGAGAAGACCAUCGUCCUGCCUCAGAGCAACGACAGCCUGGGUGCUCAGCUCCUCACAGCAGCUAAAGGACUGUCUAAUCUCAAGGGAGGUGGAGAAGCCAAAACCUUGACGCCCAAACAGUGUGUGAUUAUCGACGCAGGGCUGGAGACCAUCAAGCAAUACUUCCACGCAGGAGGAAAUGGGCUGAAGAAGGCGUUCGUGGAGAAAAGUCCUGAACUGGCAUCGCUGCGUUACGCCCUUUCCCUGUACUCGCAGAGCACAGAUGCUCUCAUCAAGACCUUCGUCACCACACAGCACUCCCAAGUGCAUGAUGGGAUGGGCAUCAGAAUCACUGGCAAUGAGAAGAUUCGACCUGACAGGGGCGCGGGGAUAGAGAAGCCCAUCGGAGAGGCCAUCCUGCAGAUUGACAUGAUGCUCGGGAAGGAACGCAAAGUCACUGUCAGAGUCAUCGCUGUGAACGACAUGAAGUGGCAGACAUCAGGGAUGUUCCGGCCUUUCGUUGACGUCUCCAUGGUCGGUCCCUUCCUGGCCGACAAGAAGCGCAAGUUCACCACAAAAUCCAAGAACAACAGCUGGUCGGCGAAGUUCAACGAGUCUUUCCAGUUCACCCUGGGUAAAGAGUCCCCAGACUGCUACGAGCUCCAGGUGACGGUGAAGGAUUACUGCUUCGGCCGUGCAGACCGGGUGGUCGGCAUGGCCGUGGUUCAGCUGCGCGAUGUCGCUGAUCGCAAGAGCUGCGUGUGCUGGUGUCCGAUCGGGCCGCGCAUUCAGACCGACGAGACGGGCUUGACUGUGAUGCGUAUCCUGUCCCAGCGGCCUGCUGAUGAAGUGGCCAAAGAGUUUGUCAAGCUGAAAUCUGAAACUCGUCCUGUGGAGGAGGGCAGAUGAGCAGAGAUCCAAGAGAGAUGGGUAGAAGUGGUGAAAAUGUGAAACUGACAUGAUCACAGUCAGGGUUGAGUCAGGGCUACGUGGCUGUCUGUUUUAUAAGAGCACUGUCAUCCUCAUCCUCAGUAAACACAGACGAUUAAAGCCUCUGAUGUGGAAGAGGUUCUUCAAAAGACGCAGCAGACACAACUAAAAUGACCAUUUUAAUAGAUGUGAUAACAAAGAAAUUCAUUCAGUUCAAUAGACAAAUUGUGGAAGGAGGUGUUUUCUCAAAAUGUUGAUAAAGAACAUGAGCGACUUUUGGUUUAAAUCACCAACUCAGAGGUCGGAAAUUGUUUCAGUUCACUGGUGAGAAACUCUUCUGAUUCUGAUGUCGUGUGUAGCAAACUAAAUCUGUCGUCUGUCGGCCAUCAGAGCUGCUAAUGCACACCUUUUCACCAAACAUCCAUUCAAUGGAAUGAAUGGACUUGUGUCGCUGUCUACCUGACGGUAUAAAAAGAUGUUACCAACGCAGUUGUCUAAACACCGUCUGAACAUGAGCAGUAAAUUCUGGCUGCUAUUAAGUGACUGUUUAAUGAUCAUAAGUAAUUAUGACAUGAGAUGAAGUGAGUUGGAGGAGGUAAUCCAAGAGUCUUGUACUGUUUGAGCCUUUGAGGCUCACAGAGGUCCUGUGACAUCGGCACCACUGUUGAUUCUAGUGUCCCAACACUGUUUCCCAAAAACAUGACACUGGAUACACGUCAUUAACCAGCUAAUUCAUGUCACAAUAACGCAUAAGGAUUAACAUGUGACAUACUAAGCAUGAGCUUCAGUUUGUAAGAAACAUUUAAGCAUCUCAGAAUUGAUCAGCCAGUUCAUAAAAAUAAGACACAGCGCGCUUGACUCACAUUAGACCUGAAAGACUGGGUGCUGGAUCCUGACGAAAAAGUUAAGGCUUGGACAGAACUCCUGUUUAACUUUUUAGUAGUGCCACACGGUCACAUACACAACAAUUUAUUGGUCAAUAACCAGAUCAAUGGUAACUCAUUUAUCAUUUAACAUGACAAUAGAAUUAAGUGCAACACACAUCGUUUGCAUCAAGUGUCACAUCCUUUGAUUCACACCUGUCGACAAGCGUAGAUGCAUCUUACAGAAAGAAGCACUAUAGUCAGGAUACAGUAGCCAGGGUACGCCAUGAAACUGAAGCAUGUUUACGCUGGGAAAUGUUGUACAAGAGGUGACGAAGUGUGAUUGAGUCAAACCAAAACAAGUGUGUCAAGAUGAAGCGGCAACUUUCGGGCACGGAAAAAGAAGCCAACGCAGAAGUGCCAAAAGUGCAGUUCCUCUUAUGGCCACUUGGGGCUGGCUCUAAAAGCCAUUCAGUCCCCACAGACCCCCAACGUCACAGCAGAAAUACACAUGUUUACAGCCUGUUACGAAAAACAAUUUUGAUCUCUUUAUAAGGACAGAGGGAUGUCGUAUGCUGUAAAGCCCUGUGAGGCAAAUUGUGAUUUGUGAUAUUAGGCUUUAUAAAUAAAAUUGAAUUGAAUUGAAUUUAUAUAAUUUCAACGUUCAUGACAACUGUUCAAGGGUGAAUUUUUUUAAUAACUUACUCGUUUACAUUUUAUUAUGGUUUAAACAGGUUGUCUGUGAGGCGUCACCACAGUCUAUGAGUCAGAUCCACCACUUACUUGUCCACAGCUCUACCUUCUCCUCCAAAUAUGGUCACAUAUGGCUAAAAAAUCCAAGCUGGCGACGACCAAAAUGAUGCCAGCAAAUGCGCUGCCCUUUAGUGAUGGACUUCUGGUAGUAUUUUUCCAGAUAGACUCUUGAAUGAAAAAAAAAGACGACACCCUAGGAAAUGAUUUUCAGUUUAAAUCAGUCAGUUCUCAGUUACGUAGCCUUAAGAAAAUGUCGGCUUGCUAACGUCGCUAGCUCACCGUACUCAGUGGGAUUCAGACCUUAAUGAAUGGGUUCUACAAAGUAAAAGGCGUUGAUUUUAUUUUCUGAAGCAAAGGAUUAUGGGUAUGGUUUUAAGUAUGUGACUAACCACUGGACUGUGGCUGCAGAGCAAAGGUUUUUAAAUUGUGUGUCUGCAAAGUGUGAAACUGUGACUGUGGACACUGUUUACCCGUCGACCUGCUCUGACUGGAAACAGCCAAAAGCUGACAACCUGUUUUCAGGCGUGAAGUCGUGUGAACAGCUUUGAUGGAGGUUCAGAAACGGACCUCCAAGGAUUUUAUUUUAUCUGUUUUUAAAGCUCAAAAUUGGAUGAAAAAACAAAAGUCUUUCAGCCUUGUCGUGCAUGCGCAGUCACAUACCGCACCAAUCAUAUGUCUAUGAAUACCUGAUUGGUGUUUCUGCAUUAGGCGCAUUACAAACUCGGACCAGGAUGGAAAAUAAAAACAGGCAGGUUGUUGAACUAACUUAAGUCUAACUGGGUUUGAUCCACACUAUUGUAUGUUUACUACGUGCCAAGAAACGCAAGUGUUCAGCGAGCCAUGUUCAACUAGCUCUCUUUGCAUAUUUUGGGUUGUUUGCGGACAGAUGAGGCCACUGUAGAUGUCCCAAAUCUUACUGCACGUUUGCCAAAACUCGCUGCACUGUGGCUCCAAACCUCUGGUAGAAUUUCAACAAGGUAUUCUGGAAACUAGUUUAGAGUUCUGACGUUAGUCCAGCUGUUAAACUGAACAAAGACUUGUCUGCAGUAGGGUUUGAGUUAUCUUACAGUGGCCACAGCUGCAGUGACAACUGAACUCUUGCACUCAAACUGUAAGUUUGUAAAAAGUUAAAAAAAAAUAAAUAAAUAAAUAAAAGCCUACGACCAGAGCAUGUAUUUAUUGUAUACAGAGUCAACUAGAAUUGUGAUCUUUUUCAUGUAUGUACUGUGAAAUAUGGAGAUUGAUCAAAUGUAUGUAAAGUAGUUAUCA